GCGUGGUUUAACGAUGGCUCAGCCAAUCGCGGCAGCUUGUCCGAAGCGCCCACCAAAACAGUUGAAUUUCAAAUUCAAACGGCCGAACACGGAGGAGGACCGCGGAGGGCGAAGACUCGGCUUCACUCAAGAGACAGAUCAUGUCUCGCUUACCAGUCAUGUCGGCCAGCAAGAGAGUCCUCACCAGCACGAGCAGCAGCGGCUCGGAGAACGGCCAGGACCUCGCCCCUGCUCAGAAGAGGGUUCGUAAGGACCCAGAGUCUGUCAAACCCCAGGCAGCAGCCACCAUCAUCGGAGGGAAGCGACCUGCUGUGGCAGCGACCAGGGCGCCUCUUUCGAAGCCAGUCAGAGGUAUGGGAGCUGCCACUGUGGCUGUUGGUCCCUCCAGAGGUGUAAUGAAACCUUCCAUGGCUUCGACCGCUGCGAAGGGAGGGAACACGAAACAACCUGUUGCAUCCACUGGCACAAAAGCCGGUGGGGGCGCCGCCCCACGCCGGCAUGCCUGGGACCUGAAGGGCAAGGUCAGCGACAUGGAGGGUAAGCUCCGGAACUACCAGACCAAGGUCAAGUCUGUCAACCAGGAGAACGAGGUUCUGAAAGACUCAAUGACCCAGAGCCGAACAAGAGUGGGCCAAAUGGAGAAAGAGCUUGUGAAGCAGAGAAACCAGAUCAGCGAGUACGAGGAGGAGCUGACGACGCUGUCAGGAGUCCGCGAUGAGUUGGAGAAAGUGUCCAGUGAUAAGAGCACUCUUCAAAAGGAGCUCUCCAACCUGGAGGGCAAAUACAAGGUCAUGGAGACACUCAGAGACAGCCAAGAGACGGAGCUGCAAACGCUCAAGAUGAAGCUGUCGGUGCAGGAGUCGACUCUGGCCCGUGUGCAGGCGACGCUCCGGGACACCGAGGAAGAGGUGCGCGGUCUCAAAGAGACGGUGGCCCAGCAGGAGGACGAGCUUCAUGCCGGGGAAAUGGAGCGCAGACGGCUCCACAACACCAUCCAGGAGCUGAAGGGCAACAUCAGGGUCUUUUGCAGAGUGCGUCCCCUGGUGGACGGAGGCCUGAGCAAGCACCUCCAGCUGCCAGCCAGCGACAACAAGAUGAUCACUCUGGCCAAGACGGAGGAGUCUCACACAGGCAAAACUGCAGACACUCAGAAGAAUUACAACUUCAGUUUUGACCGGGUGUUUGGGCCUCAGGCCUCACAACAUGAGGUCUUUGAAGAGAUCUCUCUGCUGGUGCAGUCAGCGCUGGACGGAUACAACGUCUGCUGCUUUGCCUAUGGCCAGACGGGGAGCGGAAAGACGUACACCAUGGAGGGCGACGAGUUUGAUGAGACCCGAGGCGUCAUUCCCAGAGCCGUGAAGCAGAUCUUCAAAGCAGCAGAGAAACUGGCCGCACAAGGCUGGGAGUUCACCUUCACGGCAAGCUUUGUCGAAAUCUACAACGAGAGCCUGCGAGACCUCCUCUACACCGGCAAGGCCAACAAGAGGCCCGAGCACGAGAUCCGCAAGUCUGCCAACAACGAGGUGACGAUAACCAACCUCACAUACGAAAAGGUUUCCAACGAGGAUCAGGUUCUCGGUCUGAUCAAUCUGGCCAAUCAGAAUCGCUCCACGGCCCAGACGGCCCAGAACGACCGCUCCUCUCGCUCCCACUCAGUCUUCCAGCUGGAUAUCGAGGGAGUGAAUUCCGGCCGGGAUGUCAAAUGCAAGUCCACUCUGUGCCUGGUGGACUUGGCCGGCAGUGAGCGGAUGAUGAAGAGUCAGUCUCAGGGCGAACGCUUCAAAGAGAUGACGGCCAUCAACACCUCGCUGACCAACCUGGGCAUCGUCAUCGCCGCGCUGGCCAACAAGGAGAGCCAUGUUCCGUACAGAAACUCCAAGCUCACCUACCUUCUGCAGGCCUGCCUGGGAGGAAACAGCAAGACCCUGAUGUUUGUGAACAUCGCCCCGGAGACGGACAGCCUCGGGGAAACACUCAACUCCUUGAGGUUUGCCAGCAAGGUGAACGCCUGUGUUAUUGGGACUGCAAGUGCCAACAGGAAGCUGAGUUGAGCUCGGGGGGGGGGGAGAAAAAAGUAACUUUUGUUCUUGAGACUUUUUUUCGUGGGAGCAUGAAAUCGUGAGUCUUUUCCUCACACGUUAAGAUGUUUGUCGCUCGUGACCGUGGCAACCAAAACCCCUUUUUAAAUAUUCUCAGGGCCUUUGUUUGUGAUACUCACCGAGGCUUUUAUACGUUCUUACACCUUUUUAUGUAAAUCAAGUGGAAGUGUACAUAUGCAUAUUUGUAGUCAAAUACUUUUUAAACUACAUGUACGUCUCUCACGUUUUUCUGACUGAAUUUAAUCUCCUCUGCAAAUAAAUCUAGUUACUGUCGUUCUUUUUGUCUUUUUUUGACGCUUGUGUAAGUAAGUUUUCAUUAUGUUUUGGUAUUUUAUUUUGAAUUUUCUGUCUGUACUCUUCAAACUAACAUGCUGAAAUAAUAAAGACGUUCAGUAGAAGGGCUACUUGAA